AAUGUUGACUUUAUGUAAUCUAAAUCUAAACUUCGUUGAGGGAUUACAUUAUGACACACAUUAAAGAAGAAAGCAAUGACAGGUUUAUAUUUGCGAAAGCUCAUUGACUGCUGUUUACGAAUCACAUGUAACCAUUUCUAAUAGAGGAAAGGAAUCUGAAAUGUGGCAUUGAGAUUUAGGUGAUGACAGACGGGGGGAGUUGAUGUUGACCCAUCAACAAAAUUAAGGAUAAUACUAAACAAAUCCAAUUAAAAUAACACUUGAUAAUUGAGCUGUUUAUAAUUGUCGAUAUUUUCAUAUGUUUAUUUACGAUUAAUGCAAGAUGGCCGAUUAGUGUUAUCUUAUUGGUCGUCUACAUAAUUGUCAUUAUAAUAUAAUGUGUAUAAUUUGGUUGAACUGGUAGAAGCGAAAUAGUUUAUUCAACUUAAAUAAGGUAGGUUAACCGAUUAGAGGAAGCUGUUCGAUAUUGAAGUUUACAAAACUAUAUGUUGAAAAGAAAGUAAGAACUACGCUUUGAGGAAAUGGUCACGUAUAUAAUAUCACUCUCUGCUAUAUAUAUAUAUAUAUCAAAAUAAGAAGACUAUACACGUAGUCAUAUAAUUAUAUUCAUGCUAUGGUUAUCCCCCUCCAUAUCGCAAAGGUCAUUUAACAAAAAGAGCUACGAUUUCGAUACAAAAACUAACUCGAUUCUGUUAUUUAGAUAAACAUGUCAACAAACAUUCCUUAUGACACAAUAUUACAUUGUCUUCUCAUGUGCAAAAACAUGUUUAAAAUGUACUUGUUAUUACUAAAUAGAUGCAAAGUUUAACAUUAUAUGAUCUCUCAUCUUGUAUUAUAAUCACGUAACAACAUCAUUAGAUCAUCCGAAUAAAAUAACCUAGAUAAUCUAGCUGGGGGCGUUGUAUUCAUCUAAUCAUUUAGAGAAGCAGAGUAGCUACUAGACUAAAAUUAUAUAUCCAUAAAUCAUAUUCAAAACAUAAAGAUGCUAUUAUUUUUGACAAAGUAUGUUGUACUUUUCAUGCCCAUUCAAAGAUUCUUGAUAAUAUGCGAUAAGUUUUUUGUUUUUUUUUUGGGGUGGAGAGUGGGGAGGGUUAGAACCACUUACAAACUACUUUGAAAUGAGAACUUCAUGAAACAUGCUGCCAGGAUAUUAAAAAGAAACGUUUUUUACAAAUGUACUGUACUCCUUUCACAUAUACAAAACGUAGUUAUGUAUAUAAAUGCAUCUACGUGAACAUGAACGAUAGAAAAGAUGAUAGAUUAUAAAAACCUAUGUGCUUGAAUAAGCCCAAAAAGAGACUUGACGAAAAGGAGCCAAUAAACACAAACAGGCGGUUACAAAGAGGGAGAGAUUGUGGAGUAGGAGUCAGUGAUUCUAGUGGGUUCCUCCUCUUUUUCUGCUCUUUUAUUUUAAUUUUAUUUACUAAAAUACAAAUCAUCAUUUAAUUUUUUAUCAAUCCGUUUUUUUCUACCUGAAUAUUUUUCAUUACAAAACUACCUCAGUUAGAUUUUAUGUUCCGUCCAAUUAAUCUUGUAUCCAGUUUCUCAUUAUCGUCUACGUUGAAUAAAUCUCUUUUCUUUAACAAGGAUAAAGCUCCUUUAGCUCUUAUAAUUUAUGUCUUCACUUAUUUGACUUAUUUAUAUAGUUUCGAUAUGUAUGGGAUGUACAGAGAUCGGCUUCCUGAUCAACCACCGCAAUUUACUAGGCUUUGACCCUUGACAGCUAUAAAGUUGGUCAAGUAAAUAGUUUUCAAGUUUUGUUGUACAAAUUUUUCAAACCCAAGUAUUAGUCAGAAAAAGUAGCUAUACACACACAAUACAAAAAUAUAGCCGGGAGAGAAAGUCUGUGAAGGACAAGAUCUUCGUGUGAUAUAUCUUUAAAAAUAUAGUAUUUUGUUUUUUGAAGUUAAGCAAGUGAACUUUGUUUUUAAUUACUGUGGAAAUAGAUAGAGAAAGGUGGUGAAAAGGAGAGACUGAUGAAUCACAAAGGUUUCUUCACAUACAAGUAGAGAGAGAAAGGGUGACAAUAAUAAUUAAUAUUGGUCACCAAAAAUAAAAUAAUGAUUUAAUAUUAUACAAUAAAAUUACUACUUAUUUAUUAUUUCCUGUCUAAACUAUAUAUAGACGCCCACAUAUUUAUAUAUUUGUAUAUAUGUAUCUCUGUAAGAGAAAAGAUUGGACCCUCUUUGUUUUUCUGUUCAGCCAUAAAAGAAGCUUUUGACGAGAAAGUUUCCAUUCUACUUUCUCUCUCUCAUCUUUUCUUCUCAAACACCUCAAAGCAAAUAGAAAACCUCACAAAAAGAAACGAGAGACUUGAGAAGGAGACAGAAGUAGAAGAGAAGAUCAAGAAAGAGGAAGAUAUCACCAACCAGGAAGAUGGCUACAAAUCAUAACCAUAGUCAUCAUCUUUCUUAUUCACUUCUUCAUGGUCUCAGCAACAAUCCUCCACCUCCUGGAUUCAUUAACCAAGAUGGAUCCUCCAGCUUCGACUUCGGAGAGCUAGAAGAAGCAAUUGUUCUGCAAGGUGUUAAGUAUAGGAACGACGAAACUAAGCCACCUUUAUUUGCAGGAGGAGGAGGAGGAGCUACGACUCUGGAGAUGUUCCCUUCAUGGCCAAUCAGAACUCACCAAACUCUUCCUACUGAGGAGAGUUCCAAGUCCGAAGGAGAAAGCACCGAUUCAGGAUCAGCAAAUUUCUCAAGCAAAGCAGAAAGUCAACAGCCGGAGUCUCCGAUGAGUAACAAACAGAAUCAUCAACUCAUGCUUCAGCAUCAACGUAAUAACAACAUGGCAAACUCAGCUUCAACAUCUGGACUUCCCUCUACUUCUCGAACUCCAGGUCCUCCAAAAUCUACUGAGGAUAAGAGGAAGGCUACGACUUCAGGCAAACUUCUUGAUGCUAAGACAUUGAGGCGUUUGGCCCAAAAUAGAGAAGCUGCUCGCAAAAGCCGUCUUAGGAAAAAGGCUUACGUGCAACAGCUAGAAUCAAGUAGGAUAAAACUUUCCCAGUUAGAGCAAGAACUCCAGCGAGCUCGAUCUCAGGGGAUGUUUAUGGGUGGCUGUGGUCCACCUGGACCUAACAUCACUUCCGGAGCUGCAAUGUUUGACAUGGAAUAUGAGAGGUGGCUAGAGGAAGAUAACCGUCACAUGUCGGAGAUUCGAACCGGUCUUCAGGCUCACUUAUCUGACAAUGAUUUAAGGUUGAUCGUUGACGGUUACAUAGCUCACUUUGAUGAGGUUUUGCGAUUAAAAGCUGUGGCUGCUAAAGCUGACGUUUUCCACCUCAUCAUCGGUACAUGGAUGUCCCCUGCCGAACGCUGUUUUAUCUGGAUGGCCGGUUUCCGUCCAUCUGACCUCAUCAAGAUAUUGGUGUCGCAAAUGGAUCUAUUGACGGAGCAACAACUGAUGGGAAUAUAUAGCCUACAACACUCAUCGCAACAAGCGGAGGAGGCUCUCUCGCAAGGCCUCGAACAACUUCAGCAAUCUCUUAUCGAUACUCUCGCCGCCUCUCCCGUCAUGGACGGUAUGCAACAAAUGGCUGUCGCUCUCGGAAAAAUCUCCAAUCUAGAAGGCUUUAUCCGCCAGGCUGAUAACUUGAGGCAGCAGACUGUUCACCAGCUGCGUCGGAUUUUGACGGUUCGACAAGCUGCGCGUUGUUUUCUAGUCAUCGGGGAAUACUAUGGACGGCUCAGAGCUCUUAGCUCUCUUUGGUUGUCUCGACCACGAGAGACGCUGAUAAGUGAUGAAACAUCUUGCCAAACGACGACGGACUUGCAGAUGGUUCAGUCAUCGCGGAACCACUUCUCCAAUUUCUAAAUCGAAAUGGAAUCUUUAUGACUAAAUGGGGCCAAGUUCCUUUGUCUUAGCUUCACUCUUCGCCCACUCUGUUUCCUUUAUGUUGUACUAGACAUGUUAGGAUCUUCCUUCACCUCCUUUUUAUGAAACUAUAGUCUUAUGAUAUGAAAUUAACGUACCACGUAAAUCAAAUCAACUUAUGUGCCAAAUGAAAAUGAGUAAAAAGAAAAACAUCUCGAUGCUU